AUGUGGAACGACGACCCGCUGGGCAACGGCUUUGCCGACGAGGACACCACAGCGUCCUGGCCGUCGGCGCCGCACCCGCAAUCGCCCAUACCCAAUUUGCGCCGGCCGGGAGACGCGCCCAGUGCACCCGACAAGGACAGGCUGGGCAGCCCGCAAUUCGUGGACAGGCAGCCGCAAAUAUACGGAGCACCCGAGCCAGGCCUUAUAUCGCCCCGGGAGAACACCGGUGCUAACGGCAGCAAAUACGAGAAGCCGGAGCCCUAUCUGAACGUCAGGAUCACCGGUCUCGACAGGAAUAGGCGCGACAUUCUCGUUCGCUUUGAUGCGCAGACGAACCUCUCCAACUUUACUGGCACCACAUACCGCAACGUAUCGCGCUCAUACCUCGAGUUCCAACAAUUCUACGACGCCAUCGCGCACAACAACCCGCAGACGCUGGUUCCCGCGCUCCCAUUGGCCCAAACCUCGGCACCGUCCGACGACGAGGAUGACCGGCUCGUGCGCAUCAUGCUCCAGCGCUGGAUUGCGCGCGUCUGCACGGACCCGAUUUUAUUACACGACGAGGAACUGCGCAGCUUCGUCGAGUCCGAUUUCGGCUACCAGCCGACCCCGCGCCCGCGUCGCAAGACCGGCUCUGGCUUUGGCUUCGGACGGCGUCAGGUGCCGGACGAGGAUGAAGAACUGCAGCGAGCGAGGUUCGAGCUCACUAAACUCGAGGGCCAGUUCUUUGAGGCUGCAAAGGCGCUUGACAGAGUAUCAAACGCGCGGAAAGCCCUCGCCAAUGCGCAUGCCGAAAUGGGCAAUAAACUCAUCAAUGUCGCCACUACUGAACUGCAUCCGCCCAUCGCUCUCGCUUUCCGCAAACUCGGCCGCACCUGGCACUCCCUCAGUGACCUGGAUCAAGCUCAAGCUAUUUCCGAAUGCGUGAUUCUGUCUGACAGCCUUGGAUACCAAGGCCUGAACGCGCGUGCGGCGAAGGAGACGUUGUUGCAGCGCACGGGUGUGCUGGAAGAAUACCAGGCGGCUGUGAAACACGCGAUUUCGAAGCGCCGCCAGAUCGAACGAUUGAAGGCGAGCUCGAAUAUCCGUGCCGAUAGGGUAGACGAGGCGCUGGAGGAACUCGAGGAGGCUAAUAAAUACGAGUCCAUGCUCGCCCGUCGUGCCGAGGGCAUCUCCCAGAACCUGCACGUCGCCUUGCAGCGACACAAUCGGCAAGUCACCGACGACGUGACCGCCGCCUUGAUUGAGCACUCGCGAAGCACGCUCAUGUACGAUCGUCAACUCCUGCGCGAACUUGAGGCGCUUCGUCCGGAUAUCGCAAACGCAGAUAACUUCAAAGUCGACCCCAACGCUACAAAGAACCCGCCUCGGCCAAAGAACAUACCCAAGCUGGAGGAUCACGUUCCCGUCGCGCACCGUCCACGGCCCACCACCCCACCGCAACGGCCGGUGAAAUAUGUCGCUCCACCUCAACAACAAGCGUAUGUACCGCCGUUACCGGUCGCAGCACCGCAGCCGCCGAUGCCGCAACCGCCGAUCGUGCCCGCACAAGCGCCGCUCAGUGCACCCCCCGCACCCGGCCCACCAGGCCCGCGUCUACCGUCCUAUGUUCAACCGCCCAAUGGUGCUGUACCUGGUGCACCCCGUUUGCCAUCCUAUGUACAACAGCAGUACCAUGCGCAACAGACACCUCAACGACCACCGCUCACGACUGCACUAUCUGGCCGCACCGGUAUCGCACAGGGCCCUCUCCCUCCACAAUCACCUGGCGCAGGCUCGUCCAAGUCUCCUGUUGUUCCUCCGCAAAGCCAAGCGCAUCCAUUUGCGGCGGGCCCUCUCGGGGCACCCGCAUCUGUCGCUGGCAGUCCAAGCCUACCGCCUACCCCGACGCCUCCAACACUCGCGCCCGCUCCGCGUACCGAGCCACCUCUUGGCGGGCGCUUCGUCGAUGGCACAAAGAGUAUGUUCGUCACGCGUCCCUCGGCCCCCUCGCUGGAUCCGCUGAGCGGGCACGCCACACCUGUCUCAAGCGCCGGUGGUGAUCCGCUGUCGCGCCCUGCUAGUUCGGCGGGCUUACCGCCGACCCCCAGCUCGGCUCUUGACCCGCUCGGUGUCGGGAGAAUGAGCGCUAGCAUGCGUGUUACGCCGACGAGGUCGAGGUUGGAUGCUAGGGAGGCUGCGAGUAAGCUCGCGAACAUGUUCUGA